ACACUUUCCUUUCUUGUUCGCACCUUGUUCAAGCUUCCCCUGUAGCCAUAUUUUGCCCCCCCUUUCACCACACAAUUGGGUCCAAAAUUAUCCGCCCGUGAAAAGCUUUUCUUUGUGUUUUGUACUACCUACCCCCCUGAGUUCUCAUAAGCGACUCUACACUAAGCAUCCUCAAUUGACCACCAGUGACCCUCCCCAAUUGACCACCAGCGACUCUACUCAAUUGAUUAUGUCCACCCUUUCCGCGUCGCUCCUCCGACUCAAGUUGCUUGACGCCUUGCGGUCAGGAGAAACCGCCAAGGUCGACACAGUAAUGGCCGAAUUGGCGGCCACCCCGAACACCACCCAGACUCAUGAUGUGACUCUUUUGAAAGAGACUGUGCUUCAUUAUGCGGUGCAAGUGGCCCCGGCCAAUGUGUUGGCAUAUCUUGUGACCAACGCAGCCCGCUUCCACAUCGACAUAAACGCCCAGAAUGAGGAUGGUAACACGCCGCUUCAUAUUGCUGCCCAGGCACUGCGCGGAGACGUGGUCAAGUACCUUCUUGCCCUCCCAAUCAUCAAUGACACCGUGGUCAACAUCCACAAACAACAGCCCGUCGAGCUUUGCCGAGACCCAAACAUUGCCCAGCUCAUGCAAUUCGAACGGGCCAAGUUUGUUGAGAAAUCGUCGAUCCAACUCCGUCAAUACUUCUCGGCUCGGGACUUUGACAACUUGGAACUGCUCCUUGUGCUGAACCCACGUGCGUCCGAGCUCUUGGACAUCAACGGCGGCGACCCAGACACGGGAAACACCGUGCUCCACGAGUUCAUCAAGAAGGAUGACGUGGCCAUGUGCGAAUGGAUCCUCAAACACGGCGGUGAUCCGUUCAAACGUGACCGUCGCGGGAAACUCCCCGUCGACUUGGUCACCAAGAACGAUGCCUUGAAGCGUCUCUUGAAGAAUGCGUCACGUAACCUGAGCUUGAUGGACCCGGUGAUCAACACCAACAACGCCAUCAAGCUGGGGAACUCUCCCCUGUACAAGGGAUACCUCCGCAAAUGGACAAACUUUGCCCUGGGUUACAAGCUCCGGUACUUUGUGUUGGACCUGUUUGGCGUGUUGUCCUACUACACCAACCAGGACGACACCAACAACGCUUGUCGCGGGCUGCUCAACUUGAGUUUUGCGUACCUUCACCUUGAUCUGUCGGAGAAAUUGAAGUUUGAGAUCAUUGGGAAAAACGGUAUCCGUUGGCAUUUGAAGGCUAACCACCCGGUCGAGACCAAUCGUUGGGUAUGGACCUUGCAGAAUGCAAUCACCAUUGCCAAGGAUAAUUUGAAGAAACAACGUCAAGAGGCACAAGCCAGUUCUGGUGGUGCUACCACCACCACCAUCAUCAAUUCUUCUUCUUCUGGACCAAAUUCUGGCUCUUCCAGCAGUCCAACCACCGAAUCAUCGUUCAGAAACUCCUUGGAUGAACAACCAGUUGAGAAAAAGAGAUUAUUGCACAUUCCUAGAAGAUCCAGUAAACACAAGAGAUCCACCUCUGCGUCCUCGAUCAACUCUGCAGGAAGUGACGUGGAAGACACCAAUUCAAUCAGAUCAAAGAAUGAAGCCAAUGUCACGAUUCAACCGCCACCACCAUCGAACUCCUCAACCACAACGGCAACUUCUCCAAAUCUUGAUAAGAUUCAAGAAAAUAAACUUCUUACUCCAUCAACUGCCAGUGUUCCUGGCAGUACCGCGGCUAGCCACACCUCGGAAUCGUAUGUGGAGCUGGAUUUAGAAAACUUUGACUACGAUUCAGAAGGUGAUUACGAAUCAGAACUCGAUUCGGACGACGAAGACCUCACCAAGCUCAACGGGGACCCCAGUGCCAAGUCUGAGAGUUUGAGCAAUCAAGUCUCGACUCUCAAGGGGUCCCUUGAAGUGGGGAUCUUUAGUUUGCUUGAUCUUUUCAAAAAAGUGGAGGCCAGCAACUCUGGCGAUCAAACGAAUGAGAUCUACAAGGUGGCUCUGGUGACGCUUGACACGAUCCACGAGUCGUUUGAAAAGUUCAACGCACUUGUAGAGACCCGGGUGGCCAAGGUUGAACGCCGUUUGGAAAGACAACUUGAAGUCAACAAGUUGUGGGAAAACACCAUUCAUCAAUUGGAGGAUGAAUUUUCCAAGAGAGAAAACAAAUUGGCAGAGUUUGAAGGUCAGAAGAAGCAAUUGAAGAAAUAUUUCGCCAAUGGCAACGUUACCCAAGUUGGUCCUGUCAAGCUGGAAGGCUUGGGACCUGGAGGAAUCAUUGGGAUUUGUCAAGACAUCCCAGCUCCUGAACAGACUGUCUUGGAAGAGAUUUUUGAUGAUUCGGAUGAAGAUGAUGAAUUUUUCGAUGCUUUUGAUGAGGAGGAUGAUGAUGAUAAUGAUGAGCCAGAACAGAAGCUUGUAGAAGAGCCUGUAGAGGAGAAGCCUGUAGAAGCAAAGAGCAUCAAGAAGGAACCUGAACCAGAGUCCAAGAAGGUUGAACCACUGAGCACUGAUUCUGUUGAUCCUAAGGAAAAGAUUGGUGCUGUUGCCGGGGGUGCAGUUGCUGCGGUUACUGGUGCUGCUGCUGCUGCAGUUGCCGGUGCCGGUGCUGUUGCAUCUGGAUCAACUGGUUCUACCGAUGAAAAGAAACCGGUCGAGUCCACCAAAGCAGACUCUGCUCCAACUUCUUCCGACACUGACCCUGCUCCACCAUCUUACAAGGACAGUUCCGAAGAAACUGCCAACCUUACUGCCGCCCAAAAGGCCAAGUUUGAAGCAAUCAACAACGAAGGAUCAUUCCUUGGAUACGAUGACCCUCCACGUACCAAACUUAGCAUGGAUGAAGAUAACAGACCAAAGGUUGGGCUCUGGGGUAUUCUUAAAUCUAUGAUUGGUAAGGAUAUGACCAAGAUGACCCUCCCAGUGUCUUUCAACGAGUGUACCUCUCUCUUGCAACGUUUGGCGGAAGAUAUUGAAUACUCCCACUUGUUGGAUCAAGCGUCUCAAUACGACGACUCCACCUUGCGUAUGGUUUACGUGGCCGCCUUCGGUGCCUCGGAAUACGCCUCCACCAUCAACAGAAUCGCCAAGCCUUUCAACCCAUUGUUGGGAGAAACGUUUGAAUACUGUAGACCAGAAAAGAAGUAUCGUUUGUUGGUGGAACAGGUGAGUCAUCACCCACCUAUUUCCGCCUGUAGUGCUGAAUCUGUCAAUUGGGACUACUACGGUGAGAAUGCCGUUGAGUCUCAGUUCAGAGGACGGUCCUUUGACUUUAAGCAUUUGGGUAAGAUGUUCUGUGUCGUUAGACCUGCCAAUGGUGUGAUCAACACCAAGGGUGAACGAGUAGAUGAGGAAUUGUACAGUUGGAAGAAGGUCAACACCUCUGUCGUGGGUAUCAUUGUGGGUAACCCGACCGUGGACAACUACGGUAAGAUGGAGGUCACCAACCACACCACUGGAGACCGCAUUGUCCUUGACUUGAAGCAAAGAGGCUGGAGAGCCUCACUGGCCUACCAGCUCGCGGGACACGUUGUGGACCGCAAGGGAAAUACCCAUUGGGCAGUUGGUGGACAUUGGAACUCCAAGAUUUUCGGUAAGAAGGUGACCAAGGAACCCUCGCUGGACCGUAGAGAUUCCUUGAUCGAGCUGGAAGGUGUAUCGACGAAGCUCUCGAGCGACCCAUUCAGCGGAAGCAAGUUCCUUGUAUGGCAGGCAGCACCUAGACCAAAGGUUCCGUUCAACUUGACUUCGUUUGCGGUUACGUUGAACGAUGACAACAAGAAGUUGGUGCCAUGGUUGGCCCCUACCGAUACGAGAUUAAGACCCGAUCAAAGAGCCAUGGAGAUUGGGAAAUACGACUUGGCUUCCGACGAAAAGCAUCGUGUAGAGGAGAAACAAAGAGCCGCCAGAAAGAAGAGAGAAAUGUCCAACACUUCGUACAAGCCACAAUGGUUUGUCAAGAGAAAGCACCCUGUCACCGGGGACACGUUCUGGGAGUACAACGGUCAAUACUGGAACAAGAGAAAGGACCAUUUACUCCAGGACUCGGGCGAUAUCUUUUAGGCGUUGGAGAGGAUUACCUGGAGAUUAUAUAUGUUUAAAAUAAACGUCUAGUAGAG